UCCAGGCACUUUCCUAAUAGACACAUGACAGUGGAAAUGAAGUAUGGUUCUUAAAUAAACGCUCGUGAAAAAUUUAUACCCAUCAAGCAACGUUAUUCGCUCCAUCCGUACAAAUAAUUUCGCACCAAGAUGAGUUGCCCGUUCUCAAAUUCAGCUUCUGAGAUACCCACAGAGAACCAUACAAGGGCAGACACUACAGCUGCAAAAAGUGGCGUCACUUAUGGAGAAUACCUUCAGAUUGAGCCUCUUUUGGAGUGUCAAAAACCACUAUCAGAUGUGCAUGAUGAACAUCUCUUUAUAAUUGUACACCAAGUGUAUGAGUUGUGGUUCAAGCAAAUUAUUCAUGAAUUGGAUUCAGUUCGCAAGGUAUUCUUGAUUGAAGUUGUUGAUGAAAGAAACAUGUUGGUUGUUGUUUCAAGGCUUGACAGAGUUGUUAAGAUCCUCAAGGUUUUGGUUGACCAGAUGAUGAUCCUUGAAACGAUGACACCACUGGACUUCAUGGAAUUUAGAGGAAAACUCGCCCCUGCAUCUGGAUUUCAGAGUAUGCAAUUUAGGCUGCUUGAAAACAAGAUUGGGGUCAAAAAGGAAAACAGGAUACGAUACAAUAGGACAGACUACAAGGAGAUCUUUAAAGAGGUUGAAAAAAGUGUAGAGAUUCGGAAGAGAGUUGAAAUUUCAGAAGAAGAGCCGUCUUUGUUUGAUGUUGUGCAGAAUUGGCUCGAACGUACACCAGGGUUGGAGGUGGAUGGCUUUAAUUUCUGGAAGAAAUUCCAGAGCGCAUUCCAAUGUUGGAUGAAGGACAGAAAUAAAGAAGCUGAGCUUGAAAAUGAUUGCCGAGACAAAGAGCGCGCACUUCAAGAUAUUGCAAAAGUCAAGGAGAUAUUUGAGCAGAUAUUUGACGAAAGAUGCUAUAGCUACCUCCUUGCAAAAGGUGACAGGCGUUUGUCGUGGAAAGCCCUUCAGGGUGCAUUGAUGAUCUUCUUCUACCGCAGAGAAGUUGUCUUUCACCAGCCAUUCCAGUUUCUGAAUGCUUUGAUGGAUAUUGACUCGUUGCUUACCAAAUGGAGAUAUAACCAUGUAAUGCUGGUACAAAGACAACUUGGUUCUAAAGUUGGCACAGGUGGCACAUCUGGAUACCAGUACCUCAAAUCCACCGUCAGCGACCGAUAUAAAGUGUUCUUGGAUCUCUUCAACCUAUCCAACUAUCUUAUUCCUACCGAAUAUGUUCCCAAAUUGGAUGUAAUUGCUCGUCAGCGCCUCAACUCUUGCACUGCCAGUAAUGGAAUUGAAUUGAAUGGAAAUGCCAGUGAUUUUUAACUGCUCAAUUACCACCAACAAGCCAAGGUGGCUAGAAUUUGGACUUAGCAAUCCUUUUCAUUGUGUGCCAGUUUUUAGUGUCACCUGCUUUGUAUAUAAGCUUGUGUCAAGUAUUACAAACCAGAAUUUUGUUCCUUUCUUUUAAAUUUGGUUGAUAUGAUGUGUAAUAGUUUUUUUCUUGCUCUUUGAUAUAUUCAAGGCUGCAGACAUGAAAUGUAGCAUGGAUUGAUUUUUUUUGCUGUCUGUCAUAGUCACAAAGCAAAAGCAGAUAUCUUUGGCAUUCUGUAUAAUCAAACUUGCUUUCUAAUACGUUAAAACCAAAUUUGUUAUUUGUUUUAUCAUACCCUUUUAAGAAGGACGGUUCUUGUGGAAUUAUUCUUGAAAAAUCGUGGUGAUAUUUGAUUUUUUUGUUUCGUGGUCUUAUCCAGCUAUUUCUGUAGCCGGAAAUACCAUAUCAUUUGCUAGGACGAGAAAUCCCAACUUUGAUUAUAGAAAUCUUGAGUCCCUUGAUUGCUAAAUAUGCAAGUACCGAAUUGUCCUCAUCUUACUUUUGCUUAUCGUUUUUUAUUUUCUGCGAAAUUGGUGAAAAAUUGCUUCGGUCAUAUAAUGAUGAAUUUAGGUCGUUUUUUUAUAUCUUGGGUUUUGACACUUAACUGUUUUCCGCAUAUAGAAUCUGUAGAAUAAUGUUAUGCACGUUUAGAGAAUUUAAGGGUUUUUUGAUGUAGUAGAUCAGCUAAGGGUAGUGUUGUGGUUUUAUGCGUGCCAUUUUUUGCUCGUAGUAUAAUUACAGUCAACAUCGCUAUUUAAUGUAACUGUGACUUUGCCAUUUUGUUGGCGUUCUUUUAUUUAAUCCGUCGAUCAAUUACUUUUUCAAUUUGAUAUUUAAUUUUUAUGGCCUUGUGAUAUUUGUUUUUGUUAUAUUUAUGAAUAUGCAAUAAUGCAACUCAUCUUGCAAAUUAAUGAUGAAAA